AGAAAACUGGCGCCCUGGUGGCGGUCUUUGGAGCGGCCAUAUUUUCGCUCGUGGCUCAUAGUCUCGGAGGUAGUGAUUUAGUGAACAUUUUUGGAAUGCGACAAUCGAAAUCGUUAAUAUUCGUGCUGUUAAAUCCAUAAAAUAAGGAGACAAUACAGCAAGGAUGGCCAAGAGUAGCGGAAAUUUAUCUUCAAAACGAUCGUCAUCGCACAAUACGAAACCUUACGAUACGAACAACUCAUUUGUUAAGAAGGUUGCUAAUAGAGUAACAGAAUUUAUACCCCCAUUAUGGAUCAGUAAAUGGUUCAAUACAUCUCAAGAUAAUGGAGAUGUUUCCAACGAUACUGAAAAUCUCGAAGAAACAGAACCAGAGGAGGAUAUUGAAAAGCCUCCACCAUCAAAAAGACCACGUAUUCGUACAGAUAUUACCCAUCCACCUGGAACAUUUUCUGUUAGAUCAAAUGUUGUAACAUCACAUAAUAAGACAAAAGAUCAUAAAGGAAAAUAUUCUACACAAAAUGAUACGAGAGAUGAUUUUCUUAAGCCUGCAAUAGCUGGACCCAGUGGGAUAGGUCAUUUAAUAUGUUCUACGCCUACCACACAAUUAGAUAAGCCUGUAGCUACCCAAAGGUCUGAUUUAAAUCUCCUAAUUUCAACAUCAAAUAAUGUAACUGCUAAUGGAACAGAUGAUAACUCAGAAUCAAGCGAGAGCACCAGUGGUUGUAGUUCUCUUAUACCACAAACUAAUCGACAAGAAGCUCCUUCUCAUGAAGUUUACAAUUCACAAUUUGCUAACAGAAAGCGUUUUAUAGAUGAUAAAUUAACAUUUACUAAUCACUUACAAUCACCAAGAGCAUUGUUUAUGGAUAACAGUCCUCGUGAUACUGUUAGCAGUCAUAGACCAAGUUUUAAUGCAUCAGUCUUGACUAACACAUUGGACCGUACAUCUGGAUUAUCGUCUCCCUUUUAUAGUGGAAAUACCACAUUUGGAGGAGCAAAUGCUGUUGAAUUGUACAAAAAAAAUCAAUCAAAGUCACUUUUACUCAAUACUUCUGAUAUUCAACUUAAAGUUCCAAAAAGACCAAAUGUUCAAGUAAAACCAUCUGCUACAACGGUUGAUCCAUCGGGCAUGAGUCAAACUGCUAGAAAAAUACUGGAAGCUUUGGAACAUUUUUCUUCACCUAUAUCAGAUGCUAAAAAAAUUCCAAUUAAAAAUACAAAUAUUACAUCAUCUUUGGAUAAUAAAAAACGUCAGCGAGAAGAAGAAAAUGAAUCUCCAUCUACUACUCGCGUAGGAUUUAGACCUCCAACGCGAGAAUUAGUUGUGCCAACUGUUCCCACUAUAAUUAAACUAAGAAGACGUGAAAAGUUGCAAGACACAACAUUGGCUGCACGAAAAAUUGUUUCUGCUCAUAAUAAUCCACCUCCUACUGGGGAAUAUCGUUUAGGACCCGAUGAUAAUAGAAAGACAAAGCAUACUGGAAAAAUGAAGGCAAAAGCCUUGAUUGAAGAUUAUACUGAAGUAGUUAAUUUACCAAAUGUACCUCUACCAAUAUCUUCUUUACCUAAUUUUAAUUUUAAAUUACCUCAACCAACAACAACAACAACAACAGAAGAUCAUUCAAGGAAAGAAGACGAUUUCAAAUUUGCUAGUCCAAUUAAAGUCACACAGCCAACAGAGAAUUUACAAUCUAUUAAUAAUUUCACAUUUAGUAGUCCAAUUAAUGCUGAAGAUCAUUUGAAAAAUUCGUCAGCCAGCUCAUCAAAUGAUAAUAAUGGGCCUACGGAAAUACCUCAUUUUAUCUGUACUUCAUCUACUGCUCCUAGACCCAAAGAUGGGAAGAAAGGGAUAAAGAAAGGAAAAUCUAGAUAUUCGAGUUCUGAUAAGAAUGCUCUACUAGGAUUAAAACUUGCUCGUGAUUUGACAAAAGGUAUAAAGAAAACGUCGUCUUUGAAUAAAUCAAAGUCCUCUUUGAAUGUAAGUACUGAAGAAGAUACUUCCGAUAAAAGUUUUAAUCUGUCUGCCAAUGAAGAAAUGGACGAUUCAACAAAUAAGAAAUCUGAAAAUCUAAGUGAAGAUACUACAAAACAAGAAGAUAAAUGGGAAUGUAAUGAAUGUUUAAUACGAAACGUUAACAAUGAAACACGAUGUUGUUCUUGUAAAGCUUUGAGACCAAAAUCAGACGUGCAAACUACAGUAUCUCAACCAACUUCGAGCAAUGCUACAGAAGCAAAGAAACCUGAGACGGAUUGCUUUGGAACUCAUUUCAGGAUUAGCAAUAUUAAAUGGGAUUGUAUGACUUGUUCUAAAACAAAUAAAUUAACUGAUUUUAGAUGCGUUUCUUGCAAUGCACCACAAAGAAGGAAUUUAAAUCAAACGAAAACAUCUUCAACAGACACAACUAAAUCUGAGUCCAUAAAUAUGGAUGCUGAGAAACCAUGGGAAUGUCCAGGUUGUCUGUUAAAAAAUGCUAAUUACAUUAUUACGUGUCCUUGUUGUAAAGCAUCUAAACCAAAUUAUUUAAAAGAUGCAAAAGAAAAGAGAGACAAGGAAAAGAGAGAAAAAGAGGAAAGAGAAAAAGAAGAAAGAGAAAAAGAAAAUAAUAAAAAUAUUCAAGCAAGUGCUUCUACUGAAGAAAUUAAUACAACAAGCUCAAAUACUUUACAAUCAUCUAAUCUCGAAAUAAUGGACAAAUUUAAGCCUAGCAAAAAUUCGUGGGAAUGUCCAACUUGUAUGAUUAGAAAUUCUGAUUCUGUUACAAUUUGUCCUUGCUGUAAUACCACUAAACCAAAUGCUAAAAAUAACCAAACCGAUAAAGUGCAGGAGCUACCAGCAAAUGGUUUUGGAGAUAAAUUUAAAAAGCCUGAAGGUUCUUGGUCUUGUGAUACUUGUAUGGUACAAAAUAAAGCAGAAAAUGUGGAAUGUGUUUCUUGUAGUAGUUUAAAACCUGGAUGUGAAAAAUCAAAAGAAUCCACAACGAGUACAAGUUCAAAUCUGAAAUUUAACUUUGGUAUCCCUGCCAGUCCAAACAAUUUCAAAUUUGGUAUUGAUAAAGCUGAUAAUCCAAAUAAAUCUGCAGAUUCAUCUAUAAGUAGUUUUAAAUUUGGUAGUACUCAACAAAGUGAUCCUGGAAAGUUUACAUUUGGUAUUCCUAAAGGAGACAACAAUACUACAACUAAGAUAGAUACUAGUACCUCAAAUAUUGAUCCAAAAACAUCAGUAUCAGGAUUUCAGUUUAAUGUGAAUAGUGACAAGACUACUACAAAUAAUAAAUCAACUGAAUCACUUAAAGAAACAAACACAUCAUUUUCUUCUAGUGUAUCUAAAAAUGAGAAUUCAAUAUUCUCCUCAACUACAAAUUCAUCUCCUUUUGUUUUCAAAAUGAGUAAUACAGAAACUAUUAUCUCGGAAAAGAAAGAAGAUUCAAAACCUGCUGCAGAAAAUAUCACAAAAGUAACUCUUGUACCAACAACAAGUACUACAGAGUCAUCAUUAUUUUCAUCAAAAAUUGAUAAUAAUAUUUCCUUAGUAGCAACGACUACUCAAAAUAAUACUUUGGAAAAUGCACCUACUUCUACAUUUUCAUUUACUGUUCCAAGUACUAUACCAGUUAGUAGCAGUACUGUUGUAUCAGUACCAGCAACUACAAGUCUUCCACCUUAUACUCAACAUUCCUUUACAUUUCCUGAUGCAAAAACAGUUACACAAACCACAACUGCUCCCACUUUUGGACAAAUAAUAACAACAUCAACAACAUCAUCAUCAUCAUCAUCAUUAUCCAAUACCGCUUCUACUUUACCUACAUUUUCCUUUGGUUCAACUGAAUCUGUAGGAGCCUCUGGUACACCAAUUACGACUAGUAGCACAGUAGGAGGAACACCAAUAACAUCACAGAUGUUUACAAGUGUGUCCAAGCCGAUGUCAUUAUUUAAUAAUACUGAUGUAAAAACAACAGUAGCAUUUGGUACAGGACAAACUAGUGCACCAACCUUUGCUACAGGAGAAAAUAAACCAUCUUUAUUCGGAGCACCAGAAAAUAAAGUGCCAGUAUUUGGAUCAUCUGAAAACAAACCACUUUUUGGAUCAUCUGAAACCAAAAUGCCUGUAUUUGGAAAUACAGAAAAAACAACUCCUGUAUUUAAUGCACCACCACCAGCAGCAGCACCAGCAGCAACACCAGCAGCAACACCAGCAUUUGGUUCACAAACAAAUAAUACUGUUUUAUUUGGAUCAUCGGCUCCUGUUUUUGGAAAUAACAAUAAUACUAACUUUGGUGGAACUUCAGCACCCAAUAUUUUUGCAACAACGAAGCCAAAUGAUAACAAUGCAUCGAAUAUCGGAUUAUUUACUUUUGGUGCAUCAUCUAAUCAAACAACACCACAGGGAACUGGAUUUAAUUUUUCAGCAAAUAAAAAUCCUGCUGAAACAGCUUCAAAACCAUUAUUUACAUUUGGCAGUAAUUCAACUACACAACAACAGUCAAAUAAUCUGUUUGGAGGAAGCGGUUUUAAUAAUGCAGCACCAACUAAUACAGGAAGCACCUUUACUUUCAAUGCUCCAAAACCAGAAGUUCCUUCAGGAUUUGGUCAACCAACAGUUGCAGCACCACUCUUUGGUGGAGUACAAAAUAAUCCAAAUCAAUCAACAUCAACUUUUUCAUCUACUUCAUCUACUAAUACUGGAUUUAACUUUGGAAGUACAACACCUGCGACAACCUCUGGAAAUUUCACUUUUGGUAGAAUGGAACAAACUGCUGCUGCUCCAUCAGGAGGAGGAUUUAAUUUCAAUUCUGCACCUACUACUACGCCAACUCUUGCUUUUGAUCCUAAUACACCACCUUCUUUUAACUUCACUGGUAGUAGUGGACCUAUCACUACAUUCAGUGCUCCCCCUUCUUCAAGAAAAAUUAAGAAAGCUGUGAGAAGAAUGCGAUAUACAGCAAAUGAUUCGCAGCGCUAAUAAACGUCUGCUGUUGGAUGCGGCUUAACAUCAGCUGCUGCAUCUUCUGUGUGUUUCUUCUGAAUGUAUGUUUACAAGUUUCAAUAUAGUAUGAAGAAACUUUUUCAGGUAAAUUGAUCAUGUCAAUGUGGUGGUAUACCAAGUAUUUAUGUAAUAUAGUAGCCAGCUGAUGAGAUAUGCUUGAGUACAUCCACUUGUGUUCUACAGCAAGAACUGUAAAUUUUAAAUUAUUUGAAUUAUAUACUUAUAAUGAAGAAAACAAUUUGAAGUUGUGGCAUGAAGCCAGUUUUUAUUAAUUAGACACACAUUGUGUAAUGUCACAUUGCAUUACUAGAAUCUUGCCCAGAAAAGACGAUACUAAAACUAUUAAAAUGACAAAGCAAAUUAUCUUGCUGAAAUAUGAAAAACAAAAUUCCUGAUAAAACAAUAAGAAAAAAGAAACUCGAACAUGCACUUAAAGAUGAUGUGCAAUUAAAAACAUUUUAACAAAGGAGUGACAACAAACAACUCCUCAGGUAAGUAUAAGUCAUUUACAGCUUGCGACGGUGACAUUGUAGGAAAUAAUUGGGGUAAUUAAUUUCUAAUAAAAUAAUUUUUAUAUUUGAAAAUGAUUUUCUUUUUACAAGCACUAGUAGCAGCAGUAAAAUCAUCCUAUGUUUUCGAUUAUGUUGUGUAGCAUAUAUGUAUUGUGAUCGUCAUUAUAUGACUGACUUUUUGAAACGCAAAAUAAGAUUAUAUAAAAUCUUGUAUAUGUAAACAUAUUUACAUUGAAAAAAAAAAAAGA